CAAUUGAAAAACUUGGAAAGUAGAUCAAGUUUUUUAACAUCACCAACAAACAAUAGCAAAAUAAAGAAAUUUCGUUCAAUGGUGAUCCCAAAAUGACGCUACAAAAAUGACUUUAAAUAAAGUUUAGGCCUAUAAUUUGAAUAUGUAACAUUGACUUUAAAAAUCGGGUACUUUCCUGGGUCAUCUUGAUCUAGGCCUAGAUUCUAGAUCUAGCGGUUUUUUUUGGUAAUUUAUUAAGGGUAGGAAAGUGCCAGUGUUGAUGCUGUAAUGUGGAUAUUUGGAUACGGUUCUCUCAUAUGGAAGGUAGAUUUUCCUUAUGAAAAAAAAGUAACAGGUUAUGUAAGAGGUUACAGUCGACGCUUUUGGCAAGGUAGUGAAGACCAUCGUGGUAUACCAGGAAAGCCAGGGCGUGUUGCUACUCUUAUACCAUCAGAAAAUGUAAAUGAAACAGUGUGGGGUGUGGCUUAUAAGAUUCCAACCUCUGAAAUUUCUUUUGUAAAGAAUCACCUUGAUAACAGAGAAAAAGGUGGUUACAAGCAGACAGAGGUCACUUUUUAUCCACAACAAGAAGAAGAAAAACCCUUCCAGCUUACUUUGUACAUCGGCACAGAGGACAAUCCUUUUUACCUAGGCCCAGCAUCACUUGAGGACAUGGCUAUGCAAAUAUUUCAUGCCUCAGGUCCAAGUGGCAACAAUAAAGACUAUAUCUUCAACUUAGCUGAUGCACUCAGACGAAUUGCCCCAGAAGCUGAGGAUGAACAUCUAUUUGAGUUAGAGCAAGAAUUGUUGCGCUUAGAGAAUGAACAGAGUAGAGAUCACACUCUUUCUUGAUAUUCAUUGCUUUUAUUAGGAAAGAAAAGAAUAUUAGAGAUAUUACUGUUUAAUAUAUUUAAUAGAAAUAUUACUAGAAGUUUUUAAUCUGUGAAGUAUAUUUACACGAUGUAUUUAUUUAAAUGAGCACACAAGUAAGCUUCUCAAUAGGUUUAUGUUGGAUCAUCAAAUGAAUUUUUUGAAUAUAGAAUAAAGAAAUUUUAAUUAAUUUAGCUUAGAAAAAAUAUUUGAAUGAAAAAGGAGCAAGCUAAACCAUAAAUCUCUACACUGGUAUUUACAUUUUUUUAGAGGAUUUUAAAAGCUUGCAGACCAGCUGCAUACAGUGGUCCCCAUGAAUAAUUUUCCAUUGUUCAUAACCUUGAACAAGUUUUCUUAUAGUUUCAUCAGUUGUAGGUCACAAACAUGCUACAUUCAAGUUGAAUAAGCUAAAAUAGUUUGCUACUAGCAUGAGUGAUGAGACUUGAUCAAAGCUAUUUUUUUUAAGUAUAACAUCUUCAGCUACUUCCAAUUUUCUCUUAGUCUUUGUGAGUGCUGUGAAAACAUAAGUAGGUUGUCACCCCUGAGUCAGUGAAAAUGUAGUGCACACCUGCUAAUCUCAUGGUGAUUCAUAGAAUAUUUGACUUGGGUAACUGUCUAAUCACAAGUUGUUAAAAAAACUCUUUUAGCAUUCCUCUGCUGUCUGUUAUGUGCCCUGAACAUUUGUAAGAUGAUAUAGUUAAUUUUGAGAAAUAUUUGCUUAUUAAAACUGAUGAUUUUCCUCAAUGUGAUAUUAAAUAAAAAAAUAUUUUUCAUUAAAA